AUGGCCCCUCCACAAUACAUUAUCAACGCUCAUGUUUUUGGCGAGACCUAUGACAACGAAGAAGUUGGUUUUCUGUUUAGAAACACUGAGGUUAAACGAUUUUGUUUAAGCAGAAAAGCAAAUUUCAGUUACUUCAAAGGGAGAUUAGAGACGAAGCUUGCAAUGGGUGGUGUAUCCCAGAUUUUUUACCAAUAUCGUUUUCUUCGUGGAGACAACCCGGUCAAGUUUAUCCAAGUUGAGAUCAAAGACGAUGAAGACAUGCAGAAUAUGUUUGCCAAUCAUGAGUAUUCUGGUUACGAAUGCAUAGAACUGUAUGUUACUCUACCAGAAGUUCAAACCACACAAAUGGUUGAGUCACAAGUCAUUGAUGCACUUGGAGACGAGCAAGCAGAGGUCGACGUUGUAGAUGAAGAAGAAGAAGCACCGGAAAUAGAAGUUGAUAACCUGGUAAACGAGGAAAGUGAAGAUGAACCGGAAGUUGUUGUACCACGAGAUCAAGUGCAUAUGCCUCCAGUGCACAUGAGGAACCUGAAUUUUGAUGGGGAUGACGAACCAUCGACUGAUAUUUUCUAUGAUCCAUACACCCAAACAGAUCAACGGUUAAAAGUAGGAGACAGAUUUCGUUCUAAGGAGGCAUGUAUCAUGGCCAUAAAAAGAUUUCAUAUGGCAAACAAUGUUGAUUUUAGAGUUGAUCGCGCCAAUGUCGAAAGGUACAAAAUUUACUGUAGAAACACUGAUUGUGGAUUCAGGUUGCAUGCAUCAUACAGGAAGAGAAGUGACUCAUGGGUUAUAGGAUAUAUUUCCCAAGAUCACACAUGUGUUAACACAAAUGUUUCACAAGAUCACCGUAAGCUCAGUUAUGACAUCAUUUGUCAAGAAAUCUUGCCUCUAGUUGAAAAAGAUCCAUCGUUAAAGGUGAAAACGAUAAUCUCUCAUAUCGUUGCAACGUACAACUACACUCCGUCUUAUAGAAAGGCGUGGCUGGCGAAGACCAAGGCGAUCGAAGUUGUGUAUGGAAAUUGGGAGGAUUCGUAUAAACGACUCCCACAUUUCUUAUAUGCGCUUCAAAUUUAUGCUCCUGGAACUGUUACUAUUUUAGAGACCCUUCCGGCGCAAUCUCCAGACGGAACAUCACUUCAAGGAAAUGGGAUCAAGGUCAUAGAUAAAGGUGAGGUUUCACAUGGUUCGAAGUUCAUAUCUCAUGCAGAUUUGUUCCUAUUGGGGUUCUCAACUGAUCAUGGAGUGAGGUCCGUUUCGUUGUGCUUGUGUCAAAUAGUGGAUUUUCAGGGUUGUGCCUAUGAUUAUCUUAUUGUCAAGAUUUCAUCUGGUUCAUUCUCCAUUUCAAAGUUUGGUUCACCUGAUUAUUUGGCAUAA